CUAUUCACUCUCUUUGAAGAUCAAGCACGAUGCUCCCCAUCAAUCUCUCCACUGCUCUCCUCGCCCUUAUUCCCCUCCUGGCACCCAUCGUCCACGCCCGCACCGACCUCGAAGGCUGCGUCUCCUCCCAAACCGUAGCCUACGGCGGCGCCUCCCUCAUCUGGUACGUCCCUGGCACCGGCGAGAUCUGCUCUUUCUUGGAUUGUGGAGGGGGUAGGGCGCCGCCGAAGACGACGGUGCCUGGGUGCGCUGCGUAUGCUGGCACUGGGACGUAUGAGCCCAGUUAUUUGCCUGGGUAUGCUGCGACCGGGAUGGUGCAGGCGACGAGUACGAGCAUGAGUGUGGAGACGGGGGUGCAGGGGGUUGUUACGCCGUCGGUUGAUGCGAGUACGGUUACGGCUGCCCCGGAGGUGAUUUCUUCUAUGUCUAUGGAGACUACGGAGAGCACGCCCACGACGACGCCUAUUGCCGAUCUUAGCUCCUCGACAUUCUUCGCUCCUGGCGUUGCCGAAACCGGGUCCUCCUCCGCAGCUAUCGAGAGCUCCACUGCGCCCUCCUCGUCUGUCACUUCCUCCGCGUUCACCUCUACCACCACCUCAUCCACCGGCGCCGUCAGCAUCUUGGCCGCCUCGGCCUCCGCCUCCUCUGCUUCUGCCCCAGUCUCCGGUGCCCGUAGCAGUGCACGCUCUUCGUCGAGCCCUAGGGCUAGCGUGGUUGCUUCCUCCACGGGAGCGACGCAGAACAGCGAUGCCCAGAGGAUGGUUGUUGGGGGAGUUGUUGGUGUUCUUUGGAUGGUUGGUGUGAUGAUGAUGCUCUAA